AUGGUCAUCCCACGAUUCCUGCUUCGUGCGCGCACGUUACUGACCGCAUUGUUCAUCGCCUCAUUCCUAACAUGGGCUUUCUCGCGCUGGCGCGACGGUAUCGAUUCUCCAUCCAAAUACCCCGAUGACGCGGGCCGGCCUGCGUCUGAUCUUGAUCACGAUCUUACGACUGGGCAUCAGGAAUUCUGGAAGGCGUUUCAGGAUUUACUGGCGCGAUAUGCGCCUUAUACGGAUCCCAUCAUUGAGUAUACGAAGGCUCCCACGGAGGGGUUCAACGCGAAGGAUCCCAAGCCGAGGCCGGAAUACUUGGUUGUUGCACAGGAUGAUGUUGAGGCGAUGAAAGAGGCGCAUACGGGUUUCGUGGGGGCUGUUAUUAGCUCGCCGCCACAAUUGCAAUAUAUUCCUGGUACCAAGGGUGUGGUUUCUACCGCUGGUGGCUCUUACCUACCGGUAUUGGUGAUAUCGCUGCGUAUGUUGCGUAGGACGGGAUCAGUGUUGCCGAUGGAGGUGUUCCUUGCGGAUGAACACGAGUACGAAGAAUAUAUCUGUGAUGUGGUGCUACCAUCACUAAAUGCAAAAUGCAUUGUGCUUUCACGGAUUCUCGUCGCGGCCCCUGCAAAGAUCGAAAAGUACCAAUUCAAGCCAUUCGCAAUGCUCUUCUCGUCAUUCGAAGAGAUCCUUUUCCUCGACGCGGACGCCUUCCCACUCGAAGACCCCGAAUCUAUCUUCAAGAGCGAAGUAUUCCACUCAAACGGUCUAGUAACUUGGCCCGAUUUCUGGGCAUCAUCGGUCUCCCCCAUCUUCUACGAAAUCGUCGGCACACCAGCACCACCCAUGAACCUCCGCCAAUCCACCGAGUCCGGUGAACUAUUUGUCUCAAAGAAGUCCCACCUCCAAACCCUGCUCCUCGCCACAUACUACAACUACUGGGGUCCUUCCCACUACUACCCUCUCCUCUCCCAAGGUGCCGCUGGCGAAGGCGACAAAGAAACAUUCAUCGCCGCCGCAAUAGCCAUGAACCAACGAUUUUAUCAAGUCAGCGAAUCAAUUUGCGCCCUUGGCCACCGCAAAGAAGGCGGUCUCGCCGGCUCUGCAAUGGCGCAGUUCAACCCCAUCGAAGACUUCGCGAAUACACGCCAAGGACUAUGGCGCGUUCGAGGCGACGAGGCACCCGCGCCAGGCGUGUUCUUCAUUCAUGCAAACUUCCCCAAGUUCAAUCCUGCUACUGUAUUCGAUCAGCAUGAGGUUAACCCGGCAUUUAAUGAUGAUGGGUCGUAUACGCGUGCGUGGACGAUUCCGGAGGAUGUUGUUGGGAGAUUUAGUGCGAAGGUUGAUAUUGAGAAGGCGUUUUGGAAGGAGAUUCUUUGGACGGCUUGUGAACUUGAGGGUAAGUUUGAGAGUUGGGAGGGGGGUGGAUAUGAUCUGUGA